UCUUCCGCCAUGUUGUUUGAGUAGCGGGGCCGCUCAGUCUCUGUCUAGCAGGGAGAGAGCUUGAGGUCGAAUUGGAUUUGAUUUCAAAGUUGAAAUGCCGGACGGUUUUGAUAAAGAUGUCUAUCCAGAACCACCUCGUCGGACCCCGGCGGUUGAGAAGCAGACUGGUCUCCCAAACCCGGCUGAAAUUUUAAUAAAACUGUUUCAAUACACUGUUGACGUUCCUGUCACGACAUUCAGAGACUGGGUCGAACGCCAGCAUGAGAGAAACAGGUUCUAUUAUUACCACCAGAAAUUCCGCCGUGUCCCUGACUUGACAGAGUGCCAGCUGGGAGACCACCUGUGCAACUAUGAAGCAGAGAUGCAGUGGAGGAGAGACCACAAAGUGGAUCAGGAGAUUGUGAAGGUGGUCAAGGAGCGGCUGGGGGCCUGUCAGCAGAGGGAGGGGAACAGCUAUCUCCAGAACUGUGACAAGGAGAUGAACCAGUUCAGACAGGUCUCCAAGGCAUACCAGUCCAGAUACGGGGAUCUCGGAGCUUAUGGCAGUGCCCAGAAAUGCUUGAUGAAACAGAAGCACAGAAUGAUUGCAGAGAGGAAAGAAGCAACUGCUGCUGAAGCCUAACAUGAACCAGCACUUCAAGACUAACAGGUGGAUCUACAAGACAGUCCUUCAACAUUCUGUUGUUCAAAUAUGGACAGUCCUGGCAACAGGAUGUAUUAAUGUAAAAUAAAAAUUACUGGGGAAAAA